UGUGGGAUCUGGGGAAGCUUCCUGGGGACUGGGGUGGCUUCUGUGGAGGGGGGUCUUUCCUGGGGGGCUGGGGGCUCCUGGGGGGUUCCCAGGUGUCCCAACACCCCCAACAUUGCAGAGGGGGGAUCCCCCCCAAAGCGGGCGAAGGGGGGGCGGCCGCGCCCCUCGGACGUGGGCGAGGGCAGGACCGUUUUCAUCCGGAACCUGUCGUUCGACACGGAGGAGGAGGCGCUGGAGGAGGCCCUGCAGAGGUUCGGGGGGGUCACCUACGUCCGGCUGGUGCUGCACCCCCACACCGGCACCCCCAAAGGCUCUGCCUUUGCCCAGUUCGAGUCCCCCGAGGGGGCCCAGAAGUGCCUCGAGGCUGCACAGGAGGGACCCGAGGUGAGUCCCCUCCCCCAGUGCCGAGUGAUGCGGGAGCUGCGGGGUCAGGGCCAGUCCUUGGGCUUUGCCUUCGUGGAGUUCGAGGCACACGAGGAGGCUCUGGGGGCCCUGCGGCGCCUCAACAACAACCCCGAGCUCUUCGGGCCCCACAAGCGCCCCAUCGUGGAGUUUGCCCUGGAGGACCGGCGGAAGCUGCGGCUGCGGGAGCAGCGGAUCCAGCGUGGGCUGGUACGGGGGGGACACCCCCUGACACCCCCUGACACCCCCUGA